AUGCCGUUCUACACUCCCAAGAGCCUGUUGGCCAUCGCUGCAGCUGACCUUCUGGUCGGUGUCAGUGCCGGACUUGUUGGCUGCAGUACCAGCACUGAGGUUCUGAGCUGCCACAACACCACUGAAGUCACUGAUAUGUGCUGCUUCAACUACCCCGGUGGUGCCCUCCUUCAAGUCCAGUUCUGGGACACCGAUCCCUCCACCGGUCCCACUGAUUCGUGGACCAUCCACGGUCUCUGGCCCGACUAUUGCGAUGGCGACUACGGUGAGGACUGUGACUCCUCCCGUGAGGUUUCUGAUGUCCAGACCAUCUUGAAGGACCAAGGUCGUACCGACCUCCUGACAUAUAUGGAGGAGUACUGGCUCAGUGACGACGAGUCCGACAAUGAGUUCUGGGCCCAUGAGUGGAACACUCACGGCACCUGCAUCAACACCAUUGACCCUGACUGUUACACCGACUACACCGACAACGAGGAAGUUGGUGACUUCUUCCAGCAGGUCGUUGAUCUUUUCCAGACUCUGGAUACUUACACUGCUCUCUCCGAUGCUGGUAUCACACCCACCAACGACAAGACAUACACUCUCGCCGAAUUCCAGUCUGCCCUUGGUGAUAUCCACGGUGGAUACGAGGUUACCCUUCUCUGUGACGAUGACACCGUUUACGAGCUUGAGUACUACUUCAACGUCUACGGAAGUGCUGUCAACGGAACCUAUGAGCCUAGCAGCCCUCUCUCGGACUCGAGCUGCCCAACCACUGGUAUCAAGUACCCUCCCAAGUCUAGCACUAGCAGCAAGAAGGUCAAGCGUGCUGGACGUAGCCACCGUGGUCGCAGAAACCAGAAGGCUUAG